AUGGACGUGCUCGGCGCGACGCCCGUGCCCUCGACGGCGGUUGAGGCCUGUCACGAGGACGGAUUCUCGCUGAACUCGGGCGUGCACAUCACGGGCGGCAGCGGCGCGUUGCUGGUUGGCGGAGAGGCGUUUUGUUGGCGGCCUUGGGAAAUAUCAGCAGAGAAGUUGGGCAAUAAUAGUGUAUCGGGGACGGGGAGCAAGGGGGAUAGGAGGAGGAGGUUGGUCAAUGAUAGGGGCCAGUGGGAGGUCGGGGAGGAGGCGUUUGGGGUGUUGGGGGUCGUUUGGCCUCGGCCUGAUUUGUUGAUUCUGGGGUUGGGCCGCGAGAUACGGCCGCUGAGUCCUGCCACGAGGAGGGCAAUUAGCAACCUCGGGAUGAGGGUUGAGGUGCUGGAUACGAGGAACGCCGUUAAUCAGUAUAAUAUGCUGGCUACGGAACGCGGGAUGGGGGAUGUCGCUGCGGCGUUGAUACCGAUUGGGUGGAAGGAGGGCGCUUGA